AUGACAAAUUUCGAGCUGAUAUAUGAAAUGGUUAUUCGAAACAACGUGGACUCCAAAAAAGAGGCGAAAAUCAACGAAGUCGAAGACGCCCNNNNGGCCUAUAGGAAGAAGGCUAUACGGUGGCAUCCUGAUAAGAAUCCUGAUAACUUGGAGGAAGCCAAUGAGAAGUUCAAAGAUAUCAGCGAGGCCUAUGAGGUCCUCUCGGAUUCUCAAAAGCGUGCAGCGUAUGACCAGUAUGGAUCAGAUGGACCGCAGAUGCAAGCAGGCGGAGGACCUGGCGGCUUUGGUGGUCAACAUAUAGACCCAAAUGACCUCUUCCGAGCGUUCUUCGGAGGGGCCGACAUGGAAGAUAUAUUCGGAGGUCGAGUAAGAGGAGGCAUGGGAGGACCAAUGGGGGGAGGGGUUCACUUCACGAGUUUUGGUCCGGGCGGUAUGGCGUUCCAAUUCGGGGGGCCCGGCAUGGGCGGCUUCGGUGGUCCUGGUUUCGGGCGCCGACCGCAGCAGCCUGCAGUAGUGCCUAUUGAUGUGAGCUUAGAGGAGAUAUAUCAAGGGUCGAAUCGGCGGGAGACGGUGAACGGCCAUACAGCGGAGGUUAGAAUCCCUAAGGGAUGCCAUGAUGGGAAGAAGCUUAGUUUUGGCUCCACCUCCUCGAGCAACGAUGUCUCUUACGUAGUUGUACGUGAGAAACCUCACGACGUCUUCGUGAGAUCAGGAGAUGCCGAUCUUGUCACAUAUGCAGUCCUGACGUUCAUGGAAUGGUUGGUGACGGGUCGGGUUGGGUACAGAAUAAGAGGCCUGGACAAUAAGGAGAUAACGGUGAGAGCUCCUACGCUAUGGGAUGGACAGAUUCGGAUUGAAGGAAAGGGUAUGCCUGUCGAGGCGGUGCCGGGCGAAUAUGGUGACCUUUACGUACGCAGCACUCCAAUGAGUCCGGAAGCUUGGGAGCAGAUGAAGCAACUGUUUAGGAUGGCUGGGGGUCUGUUCCUGGUCCUCUUGGUAAUGUCCAAUCCAUCGUGGCUGUUCCUCAUCCUAAUGCUGAGGCCACUCUUCGGUCAAUGAGACCAUAUUCAGUGCUUCGCUCCGCCUGUUUUGUGUAUUAUCUUUUUGUUUUUCUCCGUUACAGCAGACUUCUGUAGAGGGCCGUCAUGAUGGUCCGGAAGGGUCUCCCUCUGUGAUUGCUGUUGUCGAAUACAUACCUUACAGUUCCGCCCCACUGUACUGCUGGCCAUCAACGUCAUCGAUGUGACUGAUACUAGUAUGCUUCCUGUUCUAUUACUCUCA